UUCCUCACCUCUUUCCUAUCACAGCGAGCAGGCCUAGCGCUCUGAACGUGCGGGGAGCACCCUCAGCUCCAGCCGUGCCUGGAGCGCCCCACCAAAAUCCUCAGGCCCCUCUGCUCCUCAGUUCUUCUGUAUGAUCAUCAACAUCCCCAGAAUGGAGCUCUGCGGACUCCGCACUCUCAAAUCUGCAGCAUCUGUUCCAUUCUUGAACCCUGUCUCCCAAACACACCAUGUCUGAAGCCCCCUCUCUCAGACCUCCAUAUCUGGACCUCAUCUCUCCGAACCUCCAUCUCUGAAUCCCCAUCUCACUAAUCCUCAUCUCUCUGGACCAUCUCUACAUCCUAGUCUCGCUGGAUCCUCACGACUGCACCUCCAUUUCCGACUCCCCACCUCACUAGCCCCCUCCAUUGGACCCCCAUAUGUGGACCCCCAUCUCUCUGAAUCUCAUCCCUCUUAAUCACUUAUCUCAGACCCCUCCCCCUCUGGAUUCCCAUUCCCCGGGCCCUCCCCAUCCACAGACCCCGCCCCCCUUCCGCCGGGGCGAGACCUCCGCAGCAUCUGGGGCGCGGCCGGCCCCGCCCCUACCCGCUGCUGACUCAGCGCCUCCGCCCCCCAACUUCUUUCCCGCCUGGGGCCCCGACGUGUGUUCCGCUACACGGAGAAGCGGCGGCUACAAGAGGAGAUACGCGCGGCGCGCCGCGAGCUGGAAGAAGAGAAACUCCGCGUGGAGCGGCUCAAGAGGAAGUCUCUCCGGGAACGCUGGCUAAUGGACGGGGCAGCUGAGGAGCCAGAGCGGCCCCAGGACCCCACCUCACAGGACCCCCAGUCGCCUGAAGACCAAGCUCAGGCCCGCAUCCGGAACCUGGAAGACAGCUUGUUCACACUCCAAUCCCAGCUGCAGCUGCUGCAGAGUGCGUCCACAGGUGCCCAGCACAAGCCCUCAGGCAGGCCCACCUGGCGACGACAGGGUCACCGUCCUCUCUCCCAGCCCAACGUGGAGUCAGGUCCUGCAGGCCAGACCAAUCUAAACAAGAGAGCCUCCUUACCAGUUGGACCGGUGGGCGCAUACCCGGAGUCCCCCUCCGAGCCCAGAACUGAGGCUGCCGGGGUUCCAGCAGCCCCGAGGCGGGUCCCUGGGGCAGCAGGGACCUCCUCAGAAGCCAAUGGCCCCUGCUCUGGAUCCAGCCCCACCCUGGAGCAGGAGCCGAGUCAGGGGGUAGUAGCACCUGAGGGGGCAGUGAAUGAGGCCAAAGGAGGAGGCAUGGUGAAGGUGGUGUGGGAGGGGCUGAGGCCCACAGAGGACUGUGCCAUCGGGGCCACAGGCCUGGAGCUGGAGGCUAAGGUGGAGGAGAUGGUGCUGGAGGCCAUCGGGGACAGACAGGAAGCCAGCUGUCCAGACCUCCCCUCGUGGGUCAAGGAGGACAGGGCCAUUGCGGAGGUGGUCUGGGAGGGGGUGGGGGGCACAGAAGGCAGUGACUUGGAGGCCAUGGCAGAGGCAGGCAGGGGCCCAGAGGCCGUGCAGACCAGCUCCCUGGGGCUCCGGGAGGGAUCGAGGGGAGCAGCUCCUGGAGAAGGUGCCCCCAGGAGCAGCCCUGAUGGUGAUGGGCAGGGGGUCUUUGGAGAGGAGGGGUCCUUCAUCUGGGUGGAGAGAGUGACCCUCAGUGAGGAAUGGGAGGAGCUGGAGGUGGAGGGGUUAGAAGGGCCAAAGGCACUGGGAAGGGAGGAAGAGGAUGAGAGUCCAUUGGGGGCGGAGGGCAGAAGUGAGGAGGAAAUGUGGGAGGCGGAGAGGAGGCGGGUAGAGGGACCUGAAGGCGCAGAGAAGAGAGGCAGUGAGGGGAAGGCAGGCACGGAGCCAGAAGGAGCAGAGACGUCACUGGCGCUAGAGAGGAAAGGAAGCCCGGACUCCGUGGAGCCAGAGAGAAGAGGUGAGGAACGCGUGGAAACAGAGAUGGCAGGAGGUGACGAACCAUUGUCAGACGAAAGAAAAGAAGUUAAGGGACCUCUAGGGGCAGAGAGGGGAAGAGAUGAGAAGCCAUUGGGAGUAGAGCAGAAAGGAGGUGAGGAAAAGCUAGAGGCAAUCCAAGAACCAUUGGCAGCAGAGAGAGAAGAAGGGGAGGAGUCACUGGCGGCAGAGAGAAUAGGAAGUGAGAAGCCAUUGGAUGAAAAGGGAAAAGGAGAUGAGAAAUCACAGAGGGUAGAGAGAAUGGGAGAUGAGGAGCCCUUGGAAGCAGAGAAAACAGGAGACGAGAAACCACAGAAGGAAGAGGAAACAGGAGGUGAAGAGCCACUGGAGGCAGAGAAGACAAGAGAUGAGAAACCACAGAAGGUAGAGAGAACUGGAGGUGAGGAGCCAUCAGAGGUAGAGAAAAAUGAAGACGAGGACUCACUGAAGGUAGAGAGAAUGGGAGGUGAAGAGCCAUUGCAGACAGAGAAGACUCGGGGGGUUGAGGAAGAGCAGAGAGAGUCAGAAGAAGAAAAGGAAUGUCAGGCAGAGGACGUGAGUGAGGCAGGGGCUCCCCCAGAAGCCAAGGAGGCGCCAAGGCCGGAGGAUGAAGGACAGCAGCCCCAGGAGAAGCAGGAAGGCUCCCCAGAAGCAGAAGUGGAAGCAGUGAAGCCCCAAACUCCUGCUGAGGGCCAGGACCCCACUGGAGAUGCCACCCCACUCCUGGCAGAGAUGUCAGCUCAGGAUCAGCCCGCUGAGUGCCAGCCACUGCUGCAGAUGGAGGGGCCCAGGGCCAACCCCAGUGCCCGCCCCGUGCCCACCUAUGCGCCUGCCCGGCAGCCGGAGCCAUCUGCCCCUCCAGAAGGUGAAGAGGCAAGCGGCCCUAAGCAGAAGACGUGCCAGUGUUGUGCGGUUAUGUGAGCCCGUGCCCUCCACCCAACUCCCAGCUCCUCUCACAGCUACCUCGGCCUCUUGGCAUCCAGCAGGCAGUCCCAGGCGCAGAUGGGGCACCAAGGGACUGACCAUGGCACCUGGGAGCCAGUUGGUCUACACGUCCACCUCCACCUGGGCUUCCAGACCCCUCACCCGCUGCCUGUGACCCUGGCCCUCUUCUGUGACAAAGCCUUUUAUACUUGAAAAUAAAAGUUAAGCAUUC